AUGUUUUUAUAAUCGUUAUUAAUUUAUAAACUAAAUGAUUGCGAUAAAAUCAUGGAUGAAUAUUUAAGAAAUAUUAUUAUGGUGCAAAAACGAAAUUAAAUGCAGAAAUGGGUGAAAAUAAGGAAAAAGAUCUUUAUCGGGAAACUCCAAUUCGUUAUUUAGGUUAUGCAAAUGAAAUUGGAGAAGCUUUUCGAACAACGAUUGGCUCGAGAUGGGUUGCUGCAACUUAUGGUGUAGCUACAAUGUAUGUUUUGGCGGAUACAAUAGAUAAAACGCGUAAAAGUUAUAUGGUUAACGAUGGACAUCCGGAUCAGAUGAAAAAAACUUUAUUUGCAAGUAUAGAUUGUUUUAUUUGGCAAAUGUUGGCUUCUGUAGCUAUUCCUGGUUAUACAAUUAAUAGGGUGUGUUUUGGGUGUGGAUCUUUAUUGAAGAAAAUGAGCAAAUUUGGGCCAAAACAACAAAAAAUGAUUGUUACAGCAAUAGGACUUGGAACAAUUCCUUUUAUAAUAAAGCCAAUUGAUCAUUUUACCGAUCGAUUAUUAGAUCUUACUUUACGAAGAUUUCAACCAUAAUUAUUAAGAAAAUUGUUAAAAUUGUUAGUAAAUAAUUAAAUCUAGUGACUUUUCUUCUAAAAUUAUUUUAAGUUGGUACCUCUGAGAAAUCCACUAUUUUCUGUAGAUACCCCCUUUUCUUUAUUUGCGUUUUAGUUUUGUGUUUUCGAGUUCAUUUAGUGCAAUUUUCCGUUAUUAAACAUGCCAAAUUUUGAUUUUAUUCGAUCAGGUCCCGUACAAAUCAAGUCGAACAAGUCAAAUGACCAAUUACUUGUUAAAGUUUUACAACAACCCGAAGCUAAGUACUGGGUACCAAGAUCUUAUAAAAACGACGAUUAUCACUUAGAAGUCGUUCAAAAAAAUAGUGAUGAAUAUGAAGAAAUCGAGGAAUUAUUUUAUGGCAAAAAUUACAAAGCGAAGCUUAAAUCGGUUAGACGUGUACAAAAUCCCUACCUCCUUGGACAAUAUUUGAUUAAAAAGGAAGAAAUUAAACGUGAAUAUGGCACAGUUAAUGUACAUAAAUUGUUUCAUGGAACAAAAAGGCGCGCAAUUGAUGAUAUUAUUCGUGAUGGGUUUGAUUGGAGAUUGCACGGUGAAAAUAGAGGUGUCCGAUACGGAAAUGGAGUUAAUUUUACUACUGUACCUGGUUUUGCAAGACAUUUUGGAAGUCAACACCCCGUUAAAUAUAUGAUUCUUUGUGACGUGUUAAUCGCAAAAGCAUGUUUGGGAUCCGAAGGUUUGGAAUUGCCUCCGAAAGGUUAUGAUACGACCAUAAAAUCUGAUUGGAAAGUUGUUGUUAAGUUUGAUGAUUACGAGCAUUACCCUUCUUAUAUUUUAAAAUAUAUAACCUAUUAAAUACGAUUUUAUUGUAAAAUAAGUUUUAAUUAAGUGA